AUGCCGAAGCUUUUUGCAGUCCUCGAGAAUAACCCGCAGGUGAUGAACCAUUUCGCCUACGCCCUGGGUCUCGACAAAUCGCUCUCGUUCUACGACAUCUACUCGCUCGACGACCCUGACCUCCUUGCCUUCAUCCCACGACCCGCCCUCGCACUUCUCGUCAUCAUCCCCCUCACGCCGACCUGGAACGAAGCCCGCACAGCUGAGGACAGAGACAAGCCAGAAUACGCGGGUAAGGGCGAGGAAGAGCCUGUCAUCUGGUUCACGCAGACUAUCGGGAACGCCUGCGGGUCUAUUGGCCUCACGCACGCUCUGCUGAACAGCGACGCGUCGAAGCGUAUACACCCUGGUUCGGCCUUGGAUCGGAUCCGCAAAGAGGCGCUGCCGAAGGCGAUGGCGGAGCGGGCCAAGGUGCUGGAGGAAUCGUCCGCAUUCGAGAAGGCGCACGCAGAGGCGGUCAAGUUGGGUGAUACCGAAGCGCCAACGCCAGCGUCGGACAAGCAUACCGGGCAGCACUUUGUUACCUUCGUCAAAGGCAAAGAUGGGCAUCUGUGGGAGCUGGAAGGCUCGAGGAAAGGACCGCUAGAUCGGGGAGCAUUGGAGAAGGAUGAGGAUGUACUGAGCCCGGCCGCGCUGGAGAAAGGUCUCGGGAGGUUGAUGAAGAUCGAGGCGGAAAAGGGUGGGGAUCUGAGAUUUUCUGCCAUAGCACUUGCGGAGAGCUUGGAUUGA